CUUAAUAUUAAGCACAGAGGGAAACUCCACUGAUUUUACUUUCAAUUUUAAAUGAUCACUAUUUAAAGGCUCAGAUGAAAAGACACUGUAGCUGCAGUCUCAGACGGCAAAGUAAAACAGUUGUUUUUCUGAAAAGAGGCAGCACUGUGGGGUAAUCUGAACAUUGACUUUCUUACAGUAGGUGGACUUUGCUUUGACCCGGGUGCACAGGAGGAUAGCAACGCCUCUCUGUGGAUGUCAUAAAAAAAGGGCUGCCAGAAAAUGUAUAAAUACAGAGCUUAAAGAUUCUUCCUUUUUCGUGGAGCAGGGAUUGUGGAUUAUAAUCCGGCCGGUCCGAUUCUGCAGCUGGAACCUCCAACCUGAGGAUCAGAGGGAGGAAACCCAAUCAGCAGAAAACAUGGUAGGAUUCAAACCCUCAGAUGUUCCCCCUCCACUGGCGGUGAAGAUGUCGAGUGCAGGAUUAGCCGCCUGCAUAGCCGACCUCUGCACAUUUCCUCUGGACACAGCCAAAGUUAGACUACAGCUUCAGGGGGAGAAGCAAGCGGUGGAAGGCAUCCGUUACAGAGGGGUGUUCGGCACAAUGGCCACCAUGAUCCGAACGGAGGGCCCCAGGUCUUUGUACAACGGGCUGGUGGCUGGUCUGCAGAGGCAAGUGUGCUUCGCCUCCGUCAGAAUCGGCCUCUACGACAAUGUCAAAAAUUUCUACACAGGCGGAACAGACAAUGCAAGUGUGUUGAUACGAAUCCUGGCUGGCUGCACCACAGGCGCGAUGGCAGUGUCCUUUGCGCAACCCACCGACGUGGUCAAGGUUCGAUUCCAGGCCCAGAUGAACCUUGACGGUGUGGCCCGUCGCUACAACGGCACCAUGCAGGCCUACAAACACAUCUUCCAGAAUGAGGGCAUCCGCGGACUCUGGAAAGGCACACUACCCAACAUCACAAGAAACGCACUGGUCAACUGCACAGAGCUGGUGACAUACGACCUGAUCAAAGAGGCCCUCCUGAAACACAAACUGUUGUCAGACAACCUGCCCUGUCACUUUGUGUCUGCGUUCGGCGCCGGCUUCGUGACCACAGUGAUCGCCUCCCCAGUGGACGUGGUGAAGACCAGGUACAUGAACUCGCCGAAGGGUCAGUACCGGAGCGCGAUGAACUGUGCCUGGACCAUGGCGACCAAAGAGGGGCCCACAGCUUUCUACAAAGGGUUCGUACCCUCGUUUCUAAGGCUGGGCUCAUGGAAUGUUGUGAUGUUUGUCACAUUCGAACAAAUCAAGAGAGGCAUGAUGGUCACCAAGAAGAGGAUGGAGGAUCCAAAUUGAGUUUUGUGUCCCAACGUUUGGCUGAAAAACCUGAAGCACCACAGAAAGAAGAAACAUUAUGAAUAUCAAUUCUUUCCGUGGUGACAAAGAAAACAAUCCUUUGCUGAAAAAGGAGAAAUGGACAAGCUACCUUGUAUUUGACUUUGUUUCUAAUGACCUCUUUUGGUCAACUGAGUUUUCACUUCAAAGGGGAUUCUGGUAUCUUUCUUGUUGUUACCAGACUCUGAUCAAAGUCUCAGAAUAUUUGAGUCUUUUAUUUGUGAAGAAAAGCACUUUUAAUGGAUGUCACAGUUGCCCCAUUAUAUUACAUUGUAACCACUGCUGCUGUGUCGCAGCUGCUAUGGAGGCGUUUCCAAAGAUUGGUUUUUAAAAGAGUCCCAUUCAUUAACACACUCAGGUUUAUAAACACGCACAAGCUGAGAAAUACCAGAAUUCCCCUUGUUGCCAUGAUAAAAUGUAAAGCAUCUUUAUAAAAGUUCUAAAUAUAUUUGACGUGUUUUACAGACACAGUGGUUUUUUGUUUUGCUUUUAAACUUGGACAUGAAACACAUUUCAAAACAUCCAAACGUGUAUUUAUUGGUUUUGAGUGAGGCGUGUUAAUCGUUACAUGAUUCCCCCCUGAAAGCCAAUCACAAAAAAGAAAUAUCAGUCUUUAGAUAUUCAAAUUCAUUAAAACAAAAGGUUUUAGAUCGACAUCAUUAUCAUCACAUAGCAAAGAUACCAUUAAUGGUAUAAGUGGGGAUGUUAAACAAGAUGAGAACGCCACACUGGAAUUAAAGAAGUUUCAGUCUAGGUCAUAAAUAUCAAAUUCCUGAGCAGGACAACUGUGAGAACAAAUACAAACGACACAGCUAAAAACAUGGUGGUUAAUCAGUGUUUUUCAACAACUGUAACAAAAACUAUUUGGCUGUCUGCUUACUGAAAGUGCUUCCAAAAAAAACAGAGCUCUUAUUGCCAC